AAAUUAUUAUUAUUAUGUAUUUUAUUUGUUAAUGUAAUUUCAUACCUAUCGCUGUAUUAAUGACAUAUUGAUUAAAUUGAAUGAAUUUUGUUAUUUUGUAAAAUGUCAGUAACGAAAUAAAAAAAGAAUGGAAGUCGUUUUGUGAAAAAGCAACGUCCACUUAUAUAUCUGAUGUGUUGCCGGAAUAAAAAGAUUUCUACACAAACAUCUUCUAAUUAAUAUAAACUUUUUUAUGCUUUAUUCGUUUUUACAUAUACAUAUCAUCGUAAUCUGAGGGAAGUAAGUGGUCGUUGUCCGGAUUACGUGGAAAUGGUCUCGGUUGAUUUACAUCUGGUGGCCCAAAAGGAUCAAAUCUUGCAUGAGGUGGUACUGCACCCCUAAAAUACAAUAAUUAUUUUAUAUAAGUUAUAACUAAAUAUCACAUACAUUUUUUUAUCGACUCUUAAAAUUUCAAAUAAUGGUCAUUUGCAUACGUGUCAUUUUUAUACUUUGAAAUGUACCAAUAGCUUUUUCAAAAGAACUUUAAUGAUUCAACAUGCGAGUUUUGUAAAGAUCAUGAAAAUAUGAUCAUUCAAAAAAUAACUUACGGAGGUAAUCUUCCUGGAACUCCUAGUCCUGGUCUAUAUGGAUUAAUGGGGUUGCGUAAAGGCCCAAGUGGAUCGAAGAUCAUACCACCGCCAUGUGCAAAAGGAUCUAGAUCUGAACGACCUACGUUUCGUGGAUCAGCCAAAGGAUUUCUACAAAACGUUCAAUAAUGAUUAAUAAUUACAAACAAAAUUACAAUUCAAAGAAAUUAAUUUCAUUAAAUCUGUAAAUGAAAAUUUAUAGAAUUAUACAAGAAAUUAAUUAUGCUGUACAUUAUAGUAUUUUCAUCAAUUAUAUUUGCAAGAUUAACAAUUUUAAUUUUAAUCUUUUGGAAACAAUAAAAAAUUGGUCCCAAAAUAUGACAGCAACAGUUGUAUAUUUAGAAACAAUUAAUUAUGUCAUGCAAAUUUAUAUUAUCAUUAAUGUUGGAACUUUAUAAAGGUUUUGUCUUAUUAUUUAUACAUUUUACAUGAAUAAAUAUUACCGUUCCUGUGACUGUGUGCUACGUGUUGGGUGUUCUAUCCUUAAAGGAUCUGGAAUUGGUACAGAAACAUUUUCUCUAUUUUCUGUUGACGUCUGUGUAGCUGUUUCUGUUGUAUUACCAGAAGAUACUGGAUUGAUAAGAUCAGUCUGAAUAACUUGCAUAACAGUUUGAUGUGAUGGUAUUAAAGAUUCUAGUGAAUCAUGAAGAUCAGUUACAGUUUGAUUAAUUGGAAAUUGGAUAUUUGAUACACCUUGGUUAUCAGUCCGCUGUACAACAAACAUUUAUGAUUAUGUUUUAGAGGAGUUUGUAGACAAAGCAAAUUUUUUUCUAUAGUAUCAUUUAGUAUUACCAAUAAAUUCAGAAGUAAAUCUUCAUCGGAUUUUACGCCAUGAAGUAUAUACAAAUUUCCAUCUUUUAUAUAACGUAAAGCAUAAUUGGGAUGCGUGUUCCACCCUUCUGGAAGUAAUUCUGUUCCCUUUUCAGAUGCAUUAUAUGCCUUCUAUAAAAGAAAGAAUAACAUUCAUCUAAUGUCUCAUAAAUCUGUUUGAUAUAACGUAAUUAACGUAUUAAUGACGUAUAAUGACAAUACGUAGUUCCGUGAAAAUUAACAUAAUAUUAAAUGACCUUAGUGGUUAAUGUUCCAAAAUAGUUACACAGUAUUUAUAGGGUAGGUAUUACAACGUCAAAUUAAAGAAUUAUUUCUACAUUAUUUUUUAAUUACAUAUACUAAUUACGUAUGAAAUAAAAUGCCGGUAUUGCGUAUUAUCUAGUAAUAACAUAUUUUUGUUACUUACUGAAUCACCGAAGCCGAGACAUCUGAACGAAUUUUUUACGAGAUACCAGUGUACAAACAAAAUUAAAACAUCUUCUUUUUUUAAUACUUGGCUGCCGUAUAAAGAAUGCAGAAGUUCAAAACCGAACGUAACGUUGACAUCAACCAUUUUUGAUUGUGAAUGACAAGUGCGUUUCAGAGUUAACAAACUUGCGUCAUUGGCGUAAGCAUUUGCGUUUGAAUCCGAUUGGUAAUUAAGUUUACAGAAGUAGAUUCGGUGUCAUAGUGAUUUAAGUUACAUGUUGUAAACGUUGUACGAGAAUUUUGAAUUACAUUUUCUCACUUCAUGUAGUUUGUUUAUUUCGUUUAAUACAACUACAUUCUGGUUCAUAAUACCAGAAGAUACAUGAAUUAUAACAUUUACUAUACUGGUAUUAAAUUAUUAUAGCACCGAUGAGAAACAGGAUAGACUGGAUAUCUUAUGGAACUUCGUGUCCUGAGGUCUGAAAUAUCGAUUGUGUGUGAAGAACAGACAUUCUGAUAUGCCCUCUACGAUUCAAAGUGGCGAGUUUAAGAAUUACAUUCGAAGCGCCGAUUCAAGUUGGUAAAAUCACAGACGAGGUACAUACAGUUUGCCCCUUCCCAUCUGUAGCCUGUUCAAUCGGUUAUUCGGCUUGAGAAACAAGGGAAGAUGGUGAAAUAGCAGGAGACAAUCUGUACUAUUUGGCUAAAAGUGUGAUCAGUUUCGCACUAUGUGGCGCCACCAAUCCUGGAUAAGUGGGAAACUGGGUCGAUUGAGUGGCAUGCAAACUCUGAAGAGAGCGUUUCGUGUGUACUUCGAGAAUACUGGGUUGCAUGGGUUUCGUUACAUCAUUACAGGCAGAACCAGUUUCGAUAGAAAUGUUUGGUUUGCGAUUUGCGCAGCAGCAAUUGUUUUCUGUUUGAUACUGAUGCUACGACUUUGGGAACAUUUUUCGAACAAUCCUACUGUGACUAUUAUAGACACUUCGAAUCCGAUCAAGGAUUUACAGUUCCCUGGCAUCACGAUAUGUAACAACAAUAAAGUGUACAAGGAGCAUGCUGAUCUAAUUGCACAGAAAUUAUUGAUAAAUGGGUUCGACAUCAGUAUGACCAAUAAACUAUUUUCUUCACUGAUGAAACUGAUACGACCUGAUAAAAUCGAGAUCGAUAACGCGACCGCGUCCUGGGUCCUCGACACUCUUGGUUACUCAGUCGAGAAACUAAUGUUCGAGCUGAUGCAGCCAUGCAGUUCGUUGUUGGUAAGAUGCGCUUGGCUCGGACAGCUUUACAAUUGCAAUAAAAUCUUCAAGACGGUGAAAUCGAACGAGGGUUUCUGCUGCGGUUUCAAUUAUCACUAUGAUCUAUCAAAAAAUUACGAGGAUUCCGACUCAUGGCUGACGAAUAUAACGGCGACCGAAGAAGAGCCUGACUCAGACAGUUCCUCGCAGUUUCUACCGGGUAUUGGAGACAUUCUGCGUGUACCGGGUACAGGCCGUGAUAUCGGUUUAUCAGUCGCCCUGAACAUCGACGCCGCGAACUAUAAAAGCUCGAUAAGGCAGUACGUGGGCGCUAACGUGCUGGUACACGAUUCGAUAGAUUAUCCGGAUGUCGGCGCGCAAACCUCAUCUCUGAUCCCGGGCCAGGUAAUGACGUUGACGCUUUCCGGAACGAGGGUGAGAAGCUCGAGGGACAUCCGCAACAUCCCUCUGAGCAAGAGGAUGUGUCUGUUCGACGGCGAGAGCCCCGGGGAACGGAAGUACAGCUAUCAAACGUGUAUAUCGGAGUGUAUUCAGAAAAAUACUUACAGUCCCUGUGGAUGUUUGCCGUUCUUCUUUCCUGACGAACAUCCGGAGACACGUACUUGCUAUUUAACAGACGUGGAUUGCAUUUUGACACACAGAAGACGUCUUUCGGAAGUUCCGCUGUCACACAUAAACGACUGCAAUUGUCUUCCACAAUGCAACGACGAAACGUACGAUGCAUUCAGUGAAUCGAUUCAGCUAAGUGACAUAGGUUACGACUCCGAGAUAACGCACGGCUUGAAUAUAAAGAACAUCUCGUUCCUCUACGUAUAUUUCCGGGACGGCUCCUACCUCGAGUACCGCAAGGACACCAUCCUGGGCUGGGAUAGUCUCCUCGCUUCGUUCGGAGGGAUCUUCGGACUCUGCCUGGGCGGCUCGGUGAUAAGUUUCAUCGAGUUUCUUUAUUAUCUGACGUCGGAGCUGCUCGCCGCUCGCAAAGAGAAACGCGAAUUACGAAACGAAAAUCUGCCACCAGCUUCGAAGUUAUUUACCUCGGGACCGGUGAAUAAAGACCCGAGGAAAGCUGACAAAUGCGUGUUUUACGUUUGGAACGAACAGUUUCCGCGACAGAACCAGAAAAGCACUUUUGGUUUUAGGAAUGAUGGACUCCGACCGUACCUGAUCGAAAUAUAGGGUUCGUACAAUUCUUUAACACGUUGACUGCCGCGGUGAUCGGUGUCCGGAGUUCAAAAUUGCUCGAUAACAAUAGCAAUAAGAAAAUUGAUGUCAAAUAAAAAUAUUUAGUGACAUAAGUGGCUGGAUAACAACGUAAUAUGAGUACUGUGACACCAAAUCAUUAGUAAUUAUUUCUAUUACCAUUUACCUUUGUCAUGAAAGAAUCAUUAUUGCCAUACAAAACGCUCGAAACUAUCGUGGCAGUUAACGUGUUAACGUUGAUUUAGGACACUAGAAGUUCGACAUUUUUUUCUUGUAGAAUAAGUUUCCUGCGUUAAUAUUCCGGUUUCAAUGUGUUUCAUACGAUUGGAGAUAUUGCGAAUGCAUAAUAUAUGAUCGUUGCAUAAUGCAAUGAGUUCAUUGACUUCAGUGAUAACAAAAUUUCUUAGUUAAUAGAGCUUAUUGGUAGACAUUGUUAGUUUUAUUAGUAUUAAUUAAAGCAAAUUACAUUUGCAUAUUUAACGAACUUAUCAAUUCAAAUUAAACGAAAUUUUGUAUAUUUCAUCGAGCGUGUUGAUUGUAUAAUAAAUAA